AUGAGUCAAACUAUAAGAGCAUUAAAGAAUGUUUUAAGAAAAGAAAUGCGUAAAUUAUUAAAUCAAAUUCCGUUAGAAGUAAUUGAACAAGAAAGGAAAAUAUGUUAUGUGCCAAGAUGGAAUAAUGAUGAAAUGGAAAUGGUUAAACUGCAUUCUUAUAAAGAUUAUUUAUCAUUACCUGUAAAUCGUUGGAAUAUACCUGAACCAAAUCAUGAUGAAUCAAGAGACAUAGCAAGCGAAUUGGAUUUAAUAAUAAUGCCAGGUUUAGCGUUUGACUUGCAAGGGAAUCGAUUAGGACAUGGCAAGGGUUAUUAUGAUAAAUACUUGGCUAAAUGUCAACGCAUCUACAAUGAUAAAAAUAAACCGAUUCCGAAAACAAUUGCACUUGUAUUAGAAUCCCAAAUAUUAAAAGAUAAACUAAUACCUACUACACAAUAUGAUCAAAAACCUAACUUGAUUAUAAGUCAUAAUAACAUCAUUUCCCAAUAA